AUGCGCUCCCCUUCUAUUCCAAGUCUAAGCGCGCUGCUUCUUCUAUCAGGCGCAUCGACCGCGCUCGCCACGAAGAUUAGCGUCCCUUCGACCAUUGCCGCUGGCGCAGAAGUGACUGUUACGAUCCCCAGCGACCUCAUCAAGGGCUUCGACAAUUUCCGCGUCUAUCUCUCAACGACCCCGCCAGGAUGGGCGUCUGCAGCGGUCUGCUACCUUGUCAACUCGACCCCUAUCAAUACCGAGUCUCUCAAGGUGCAAAUCCCACCCACAGUCGGACCUAGCGGGAAGACAUAUUCCAUCGCCGCCAGGGGUUUCAAUGGAGAUGGCAAGAAGAGUGAUUCUGCAGGUUUCCAAAGCAGCAACGACUUCGAACUCACGGGCGGUACAGGCCAAUGGUCUGAACAAGAGCUUCAGGGUUUCUCCAUGAGCAAUCCGGAUACCAUCCCCUGCGGAUCUUACGGUUGCAUUAAGGACUGCAACACGAAGUUCUUGACAGACGACAUCAGGAAGGCGGGUAUUAAUGCCUACAAACCGGCUUACGAGUGCUUUGCUGCUUGCCCGGGUGUCAAACUCCCUAGUUGGGAAGUUGUGCUCGCCCAGUCUGGCGCAGCACCCUCCAGCUCGUCGGCGGUGGCUAGCUCGACCAGCGCUGUAGCUUCGUCCACAGUGGCCCCAGCCCCUACGAAUAACACCACUGCAUAUACAAAUUGCACUUCAACUGCCUACGUCCCAUCUUCAACCGCGCAGUCAAACACAACUUCGCUCAAGACCCCGGGCGCGCCCACUGCCGUUCCCACCGCCCCUUCAGCUCCAGCACCACCCGCUAAUGCCGCCUCGAGCAUUCAAAUCUCAGCUACGUUAUUAUUUGCAGGCAUCAUGGGCCUAGUCGCCUUCCAACUGUAA